UGCUAUGGAUAAUAUUGCGCAUAUACAGUGAGAAAAAAAUAGACAGAAUAAGUGACAAGAGGGUUAAAGCCUGAAGUAGAACACAGCCCGUCAGUUAAGGUGGUUUCAGAAUCUCCUCAGGUGGCCCGGUUUGAGAGGUUUGCUAGCGGAGGUCUGGGUUGAUGUGAACGUGGGCGUGGUGAUUUUGCUGUGUGUUCAUGUCAACACAACAGACCGGCGAGGAACCGCACUGUCUGUAAACAACGUGACAACACAAUUCACUUCGGUGUUCUGUAGUUAAAGAAAAGCAGUUUUAUUUCCUAACAGAAUGAAAAGUGGCGGUAAAGGGAGUGAUGGUGGCAGUAGUUCUUCUUCCGAGUGUGUAGGGGACGGGUUCAAGAAGGUGAAAGCCCUGGAGAAACCCUCAGAGAGAGCCUUUGACUGGGGUGAGCUGCCCCAGAAUGUAGUCCUGCACAUCUUCAAGUACCUGCCCCUCCUGAACCGUGCUCAUGCAUCCCAGGUGUGCCGACGCUGGAACCAAGCUUUUCACAUGCCGGAGCUGUGGAGGUGCUUUGAGUUUGAGCUGAGCCAGUCUGCCACCUCCUACCUGAAAGCCACUCACCCAGACCUCAUUAAGCAGAUCAUCCAGAGGCAUUCAGACCACUUGCAAUAUGUCAGUUUCAAGGUGGAUAGCAGUACAGAGUCAGCAGAGGAAGCAUGUGAUAUCCUGUCACAGCUUGUAAACUGCUCCCUGAAGACACUUGGAUUGAUUUCAACUGCAAGGCCAAGCUUCAUGGAAUUACCAAAGUCACAUUUUAUUUCAGCCUUGACAGUACUGUUUGUAAACUCUAAAUCACUCUCAUCACUGAAGAUCAGUGACACCCCGGUGGAUGAUCCUUCUCUGAAGGUCCUUGUGGCAAAUAACAGUGACACCCUCAGACUAUUAAAAAUGAGCAGCUGUCCACAUGUGUCUCCAGCAGGAAUCUUGUGUGUGGCAGACCAGUGUCACGGCCUUCGAGAGCUCGCCCUGAACUACUACCUGCUGAGCGAUGAGCUGCUGCUGGCCCUGUCCUCAGAGAAGCAUGUUCACCUGGAGCACCUGCGCAUCGACGUGGUGAGUGAGAACCCCAGCCAGACGCACUUCCACACCAUCCAGAAGAGCAGCUGGGAUGCCCUGGUGCGCCAUUCGCCCAAAGUCAAUCUGGUCAUGUACUUCUUUCUGUAUGAGGAGGAGUUUGAUCCCUUUUUCCGCUACGAGAUCCCUGUCACGCACCUCUACUUCGGCCGUUCCGUCAGCAAGGAAGUGCUGGGCCGGGUGGGCAUGACGUGCCCACGCUUGGUAGAGCUGGUGGUGUGUGCCAACGGGCUGCGGCCUCUGGACGAGGAGUUGAUCUGCAUCGCUAAGCGGUGCAAGCACCUGUCCGCUAUCGGGCUGGGCGAGUGCGAGGUCUCCUGCAGCGCCUUUGUGGAGUUUGUAAAGAUGUGCGGCAGCCGCCUCUCGCACCUCUCCAUCAUGGAGGAAGUGCUCAUUCCUGACCACAGGUACAGUCUGGAGCAGAUCCACUGGGAGGUCUCCAAACACCUGGGCUGGGUCUGGUUCCCUGAUAUGAUGCCCACAUGGUAAGACCCCCAGCUUGAAAGGACGGGAUAUUGGAAAGACUUUCUCUGAGACUCCUAGACUACCUCUGAAUAACAAUUCUGUGUGGAGAGGACAAUCACUCAUCCACUCAGUAACAAAUGCAAGGUUGUUAUUGCAGGCUCUUACGGUUGUGCUUUGUUAUAAGGCCUUGUGGAUUUAUGAGGAGCAUAGUUUUUGUAAUACAGCAGUAAAAUGUGAACGUGUAUCCCCUGUAGAGGAUGUACAUCACCCCAGCAACGGGGAUACAAUGGAAACACUAGUAUGGACAUGUAUAUUUAAUACUUUCAUUUUAGCUAUAGCUUGAACUGCAUUAGUUUCAUAAAAACAAAUUAGUAAAAUCCUCUAUUUGUACAGUACAUACAUUUUGCUAAGAUAGAAUACAAUAAAACCACUAGUUUGCACUCUGAUGGCGCAGGUCUGUGAACACGUAAAGAUUUUUUCAGCGAUAUUGCACUGAUCCACAUUCCAUGUUAUUGCUGUGCUGCUAUGGCAAUUGCUAUGGAUUUUGCAGUAAGUGAAAUGAAAGGUCAAAAUAUUAAUGCCUUCGUCUGAAGCAUCAGUCUUGGGGGAUGCAGGAAGAUAUAUGCAAAAAAAAAAAGGAAAGGACAUGAAUGAAAACUUACUCCCGGCUUAGACAGUAUUCAGUGUCAAAUUGCUUUUUACAAGAGCUUAUUCCAUGUUUGUGAAUAUAGGUCAUAGUUGACUACUUUUUCGCAAUACUGGCUGUAGUACUUGUAUGUGUUUUUGUCCCUUUUUUGUUUUGCUAUCGGCUGAAUUUCGUUUAACUAUCAAACGCAUCAUAUGCCUUUUCAGCAUAACCUUUUUUUCAGAAACGCUGAAAACAUGUAUAAAUUGUUGAAGUAACAAGUUUUUUUCAGGUGCAGUUUGAUUGUUCACACUGGACCCUGCAGUGUACAUGCCAGCAGCUGAGCUGUGACUGCUGAACCUGCAGAGCAUUUUUCAGCAACAACACUGGACAAGUUAUGCCACCAAACUGAUUUGUUUGUGAAGACAAUAGACAAAGUAGAUCCUGCCCAUGGUUUUAUAGAAGAUAUGAUGCAGAAUGAAAGCAAAGACCCAUUUGAUUCAUCAGUGUUUGAAAAAUGAAGACAAAUCUAUUGUUUAUUACAGAAUGUUAACAGGUGAUGACAAUCACUAUUAUUGAAUUACUAUUACUGAAAGAGCAUGCUCCUUGUGUUUGCUUGUAAAAUUGAAGUACAAAGUUGCUGCUGUAAGCAUACCGUCAAUUUAUUUAUUUAUUUAUUUAUUAUAUAGAAGAAUUUUUGCCCGGCUCGAGCUAUGAUAUAUGAAUUCAGUGCAUUCAGGGCUGUUACUCGCACCUUCCCAACUCUCACUACAAUGGUACUUGGCAGUUCUUUCUUGUGACAAUAAAGUCAGAGCUUUCGUGGUUGUUAAAUGUUGAGAUUGAACAUUGACAAUAUCAUGUAUAUGUUAUAGGUGGGUUUCUUUUAAGAUGGAUGUAGAAAUAGGGUAUUAAUACAUAUUUUGAGAACCAUCUCGAAAGGCGUCAUGAGCCUGCCAGCCUGCACCGUGAACAAGAGAAUGCACAAAUGGUCAUGUCCAAAGGUGUAUUAGUUCAGUACUUAAGGAUAUAAUGUCAAAUCAUAUUAAUGAAACCUUGUACAAACAUUCCUGUGUAUACAGAAUGAGUGUUUUUGUAUGUACUGUACUGUAUUUGUUGGUUAAAUCCACCUUCAUUUGUACCCAUAGAAGGUACAGUAUAAAACAGAAGCUGAACUGCACAGAAAGUCUUGUACUGUCGUACAAAGUACAACAUUCAUAUACCUUGUGAACCAUGCAGUAAAUGUUUUAUGGGUUGCUUGAUGACCUUUCCUGAUGGCCCUUUGAUCAUUUAUAACUGAGAAAAUGUGUACUGAUAGUUGGUUUUGUAAUGGAUAGUUGUUGGUUUUCUUGUUUGAGUUAAAAUUCAAAUGAUAUUGUGUGUGUGUGUGUGUGUGUGUG